UUUCUCUCUCAUCCUCCCGCGGCGGCGGCGGCGCCCGUGGCUGUGGCGCGGGCAGAGGCAGCCGCAGCUGCGCGGGCUGCGAUGAAUGGUCCUUCGGCGCGGGGGCAGGACCCCAGGUGAGCCUCGGCGCUCGCGAGGGAGGGCCGCGACCCCACAGCCCGGCUCCCCGGUCGCGCCAUGGAUCCGUAGAGGAAGGAGGCGGAGGCGAAGACAGCUCUGCCGCCCACCCCCCAUCCCAUUGCUCCCCUCUUCCUUUAUCUCAUUGUUGCCGCGGCUGUUUACGGCCGCGCUCCCUGCUGCCCUGGGCCAUGGGGCGGGCUCCAGGCGCUGCCUCUGGGCCAGCGCUGCUCCCUCGGCUGCCCCGGGAUUCUGCUUGAUUGUGCCGAGCCAGCCGGUGCAGCGGCGGAGCGGACACGGCCAGCUGCGGCCCGGACUGCAGCAGCAGCAGCAGCAGCAGCGGUAGUAGUGGGCCCCGUCCCCCAGCAUCCCCACCCUAGGGGGGCUGCAUGUGGGAUUAAAGCGCUGCGCCCCCCGGGGUCUGGGCGCCCCCACCUCCCGCCCCGCGGAUCCCGACCUAGGGCGCAAGGAGUGGGCAGAGCGCGCAGAGUAGAAGAGUCGAGAUGGCCAGUAAGACCAAGGCCAGCGAGGCCCUGAAGGUGGUGGCCCGGUGCCGCCCCCUGAGCAGGAAGGAGGAGGCCGCGGGUCACGAGCAGAUCCUGACCAUGGAUGUGAAACUGGGCCAGGUGACUCUGCGGAACCCCCGCGCAGCGCCGGGGGAACUGCCCAAGACUUUCACCUUUGACGCCGUGUAUGAUGCCAGCUCCAAGCAGGCUGACCUGUAUGACGAGACGGUGAGGCCCCUGAUCGACUCGGUCCUGCAGGGCUUCAACGGCACCGUGUUCGCCUACGGCCAGACGGGCACGGGCAAGACCUACACCAUGCAGGGCACGUGGGUGGAGCCGGAGCUGCGUGGGGUCAUCCCGAACGCCUUUGAACACAUCUUCACGCACAUCUCGCGCUCCCAGAACCAGCAGUACCUGGUCCGGGCCUCCUACCUGGAGAUCUACCAGGAGGAAAUCCGAGAUCUGCUCUCCAAGGAGCCGGGCAAGAGGCUGGAGCUGAAGGAGAACCCCGAGACCGGAGUCUACAUCAAGGACCUGUCCUCCUUCGUCACCAAGAAUGUCAAAGAGAUCGAGCACGUGAUGAACCUGGGCAACCAGGCCCGGGCUGUGGGCAGCACCCAUAUGAACGAGGUCAGCUCCCGCUCGCAUGCCAUCUUUGUUAUCACGGUGGAGUGCAGCGAGCGUGGCUCUGACGGCCAAGAGCACAUCCGGGUGGGCAAACUCAACCUGGUGGAUCUGGCUGGCAGCGAGAGACAAAACAAGGCAGGCCCUAAUGCAGCCGGAGGGACAGCCUCUCAGUCAGCUGGUGGUGGUAACAAUGCAGGUAGCACUGGUGGUGGUGGUGGCACCAGUGGUGGAGAGAGGCCGAAGGAAGCCUCCAAGAUCAACCUCUCACUAUCCGCCCUGGGCAAUGUGAUCGCCGCCCUGGCGGGCAACAGGAGCUCCCACAUUCCUUACCGGGACUCCAAGCUGACCCGGCUGCUCCAGGACUCGUUGGGGGGCAAUGCCAAAACCAUCAUGGUGGCCACUCUAGGGCCUGCUUCCCACAGCUACGACGAGAGCCUCUCCACCCUGCGCUUUGCCAACCGUGCCAAGAACAUCAAGAACAAGCCCAGGGUGAACGAGGACCCCAAGGACACGCUGCUGCGGGAGUUCCAGGAGGAGAUUGCCCGCCUGAAGGCCCAGCUGGAGAAGAAGGGGAUGCUGGGCAAGAGGCCCCGCCGGAAGAGCAGCCGCAGGAAGAAGGCUGCUUCCGCCCCGGCUGGCUACCCUGAGGGGUCUGUGAUCGAGGCCUGGGUGGCGGAGGAGGAGGAUGACAACAACAACAACCACCGGCCACCCCAGCCCGUCCUGGAGUCGGCCCUGGAGAAGAACAUGGAGAAUUACCUGCAGGAGCAGAAGGAGCGGCUGGAGGAGGAGAAGGCGGCCAUCCGCGAUGACCGCAGCCUGGUGAGCGAGGAGAAGCAGAAACUGCUGGAGGAGAAGGAGAAGAUGCUGGAAGACCUGCGGCGGGAACAGCAAGCCACCGAGCUGCUCGCAGCCAAGUACAAGGCCAUGGAGAGCAAGCUGCUGAUCGGGGGAAGGAACAUCAUGGAUCACACCAACGAGCAGCAGAAGAUGCUGGAACUCAAGAGGCAGGAGAUUGCUGAGCAGAAACGCCGUGAGCGGGAAAUGCAGCAGGAGAUGCUGCUCCGAGACGAGGAGACCAUGGAGCUCCGUGGCACCUACACGUCCCUGCAGCAGGAGGUGGAGGUCAAGACCAAGAAGCUCAAGAAGCUCUACGCCAAGCUGCAGGCGGUGAAAGCAGAGAUCCAGGACCAACAUGACGAGUACAUCCGCGUGCGGCAGGACCUGGAGGAGGCGCAGAAUGAGCAGACCCGGGAACUCAAGCUCAAGUACCUGAUCAUCGAGAACUUCAUCCCCCCCGAGGAGAAGAACAAGAUCAUGAACCGGCUUUUCCUGGACUGCGAGGAGGAGCAGUGGAAGUUCCAGCCGCUGGUCCCUGCUGGAGCCAGUAACAGCCAGAUGAAGAAGCGGCCGACAUCAGCAGUGGGCUACAAGAGGCCUAUCAGCCAGUAUGCUCGGGUUGCCAUGGCAAUGGGGUCCCACCCCAGGUACAGGGCCGAGAACAUCAUGUUUCUGGAGCUGGACGUGUCCCCCCCAGCUAUCUUUGAGAUGGAAUUCUCCCAGGACCAAGAACAAGACCCUCGUGCACUGCACAUGGAGAGGCUCAUGCGAUUGGACAGCUUGCUGGAGAGACCAUCCACGUCAAAAGUCAGGAAGUCCAGAUCCUGGUGCCAGAGUCCACAGCGGCCCCCGCCUUCCACCGCACAUGCCCCGAUGGCCUCAGCCUCUGCCUCUGCGCGCCCCACGACGCUGGUGGACCAUGAGUGACAACCUGCACUGGCACUCUGCCCAUCAAAUGGACUCCUGGGGUGGGGCAGCCAAGUCGGGCCCACCCAGCUCGUGUGCCGCUUGGUGCGUGUGCGUGUGCGUGCAUGUGCGCGGUAGAUGUGUGCGGGGGCAGGGAUGCAGCAGGUGAAGUUUCCACCUGCCCUUCUUUGUCCCCUUUAUUUAAUUCAUGUUAUUUAUUCGUACGGGGGGAGGUGCCCUCGCCUGCGCCAUCCUGCCCUGCCCCGAGGCCUCCUUCCCUCUGGGACUUCAGACCCAAGUCAGACCUCAGCUCCUCCCCGCACCUGCUGCCCUAGAAGGCAAAGUGGCCAGUGCCUCUGAGAACAGUACCUUCACUGCUGGCCCCGUCUGGGAGCUCACCUCCUGCUCUGCUGGUGGAGAGCAGCCACUAAGCACCACCUGGGACUUGAAGACCACGGGGUGUCUACUGAGGGCCAGUGGCUGUGGGCUGCUCCAGGCCCAGCGCCCCGCCCUCCAGCUCCUCUUCCACCCUCUUGGGAUGUUUCAAGGACUGAAGUGACCUCAUCAACACGCAGCACCUGCUCCUUGGCCUGGGGGCACAGACUCACUGUUUCUGCAGCUGUUUCCUGCCCACCUCCCGCCCCCUGGUUUCAAGUGGAAAACACACCACCUGAGGCCCAGCAGGGGGUGUUCCUCUAGGGAUGGCACUUCUCAGUCCCUCUGGGGAACUCCGCUCGGCAAGCCACAAGCCAGCUCCCCAGAUCUGACACAACUCUUUCCUGUUUUCUUCAUUUUUUUUUUUCCCUGCCUGCAGCUGUGAGGGCCCAGUUCCCAGCGGGAGGGAUCCAAGCCAUCCUACCCCUGGCUCAACAAAACAUACCAUCUGUGGCUCUUCCUCUCACUUGGUGCGGCAAACGGACACCCAGCUUGUCCUUUCAACCCUCCUGUUUCUGAAUCCCAUUUGGUUGAAAACCAGCCCUUUCUUGGCCAGUUGUGCAAAUCAAGCCCUAGGCUGAGACCCUCCCUCCUCUGGGAUGGCCCCAAUAUACCUCCAGACAUCUUGGGUGGCAGGACAAUUCCCACCAAAAAGGAAAGCUGAGUUGCACUGACUCCGUGUCCGGUGUCAGUUCUAGUGGAGUGAGCAAAUGCCGUCAUAAAGGCAAGGCCUUGAGGUAGGGCAGCGUCCACUUCCUGAAGGCUGAGGAACUCAGUUUCUGGGGUCCAUACAGAGCUGUGAGGGUCUGCCUGACUUCUGCUGUGCCGGGGGAUUCUUCCAAGAGGAAAGCGCACCAUUCAAGCUCGCCUCCGGGAUUUAGCUCACCACUGCUGUCAUUUCCGCCAUGACUGCUGGGCCAGACGGUGAGGCUUCCACCAGAGUCCCUGAGAGCUGAUGUGAGACCCAAGAUCGGAUCAGAGGUGCAGCUGGGGCUGGAGUAGCAGUUGUGUGCCCAAAGGGUACCGCGCCCCCACCAGCAGCCUUGGGCACAGAGACCUCCGGGGCUGCUGUGUAGCAACCUCUGCCACCGACCUCUUCUGCAUUUGUGAACAAAGCACGUGUCACACCUUCCUGCACCGCCCCCAUCACUUGGACACAUCGACUCCACAUUGUCUGGUCACUGGUCCCUCACAGUCUUAGAGCACAAUGCCCCCAACCACACCACCCCCAGGCCCAGGGCGAGGCCCGGCGUUGGGUCAGAGGAGGAGUUUCUGCCUGCAGUUUUGUGUACAUGUGUGUAUGUGUGUGCGUGUGUUUGCGUGUGCAUUUGCUUCCACAGGGGACACUCCGCACUCAGCGUAAGACAUGCUGGGAGCCAGUCCACCCAACGUGGCUGGAUCUCAGCUCUGUCUCCUACCCCCCUCUUCCUUUUGAUGUAUCAAACAUUUGGUUGACAGAGUAAGGGCCUUGAUUAGGACCAAAUUUCUGUGUCUGUUGCUAUGGUCUUUAUUUAGGAUGACAGUUAAUGCAGUGCCCCCUCCUGUCACUCUAUACAUAUGACUAUAAGGGACAUAUGUAAUAUAUAAAUAUAUAUAUAAAGCGUUACUUCCUGUCCCCUCGGCCGAGGGCGGAGGCCUCCCUGUGGAGCUGAGCUGCACCUGUGCUGGGUGCAGCCCACAGCCUGCGGGCCCCAGCCCUGUUCAAGUUAACACAGUUGACAAUAAAGGAAUGAGUAUU